AUGGUCAAGUUGUUCUCCUUCCUCUCUGGCCUGACUCUGUCAGCUGGCCUAGUCUCCGGCUAUGCCAACCCCAAGGCUUGCUCGGGAGUGUGCAACGACUCACACGAUCCCACCAUCAUUCGACGCUCCGAUGGCACAUAUUUCCGCUUUUCCACCGGUGGACGCAUUGCUGUUCACACCGCGCCGUCGAUCGAGGGACCAUGGACCUACAAGGGUGCCGCACUUCCUCAGGGCUCCAAGAUCAACCUGCCUGGAAACCAAGACCUCUGGGCCCCGGAUGUUAUACAGAUCGGCAACGUUUACUAUCUUUACUACACAGUUAGUGAGUUCGGAAAGCAGAACUCUGCUAUCGGCCUAGCCCGAUCAUCGUCCAUGGAUGUGGGCACCUGGACCGACGUGGGAGCUACAGGCAUUCGCUCUGAUGGUACUAAGGCUUAUAACGCCAUCGAUUCAAACCUCUUCAAGGAUGGAAACACCUGGCGCAUGUACUUUGGCAGCUUCUGGAAGGGCCUGUUCACCGUACCCAUGAAGAGUACUCCCACCACCAUCUCCAGCGGAGCGGGCUCGUCCAACGUCAUCUAUGAGCCUGUGACAACAGCCGUUGAGGCCCCCUACAUGUUCAAGCAUGGCAACUAUUACUACAUGUUCUUUUCAAAGGGCAAGUGCUGUGGCUUUGACAAGGACAGGCCUGCUGCUGGUCAGGAGUAUAAGAUCAUGGUCUGCAGAUCCAGCUCUGCCACCAGUGGUUUCGUUGACAAGAGUGGCAAGUCUUGCACCAAGGGAGGCGGUACUGUUGUGCUUGAGUCCCACGGUUGGGUCUACGGACCUGGAGGACAGGGCGUGUAUAACGACCCUACUCAUGGCACGGUCCUCUACUAUCACUAUGUGGACACAAGGAUUGGCUACGGCGAUGGACAGAAGGUCUUUGGCUGGAACACAAUCAACUGGUCCAGUGGAUGGCCCACUGUCUAA